GUGAGUCUAUUCUCAAGUGGGCCGAAUUGCAAUAAUCAUUGUGCUUCAGAUAGCUCCCAGUACCAAGUUCGCCGACGCAGCCUACUGUCGCUCAACGAUGACAUCCUAGGCAUGGUUUUGUCGCACUUCGAUUCGCGAUUCGACGUGCUGCAUCUAUCAGUGACGUGUCGUGCAGCACAAACACUCUUCUUACCAUAUGUGCUGUCGGACGUGGUGAUAGACCAGUGGGAACUCCCAGUUGUCCAGGGCGGCGAUGAAGAGCAGCUGGCUGCAUUCUGCGCCUUUAUGCUCGCGGACGUUCCACAUCGCAUGCCCCUCCUCACAUCUCUGAAUCUUACAAAAGACGCUUUCAAAUUCAGACCAAGCGGCUCGGAGUUCCAUGAGGACAAACGCAUCACGGACUAUUCUGCUGCAUCGCAGCUAGCCCUGGUCAUCCGACUCAGCACUCACCUGCGGCAGCUCUCCAUCUUCGACGCAGAUGGGGUCUUCUCCGAGGUCCCCGAACUAGGAGAUGCAGUUGCAGAGCUCGCGCGUCUCGAUGACAUACACUUUCCGAUGACCUGCGAUGCUACUAUCGGGGUGUUCUCGCGCAUGAAGAGCCGGCCCCGAAAAGUCGAAUGUUAUAUCCUUCAAUGGGAUGCUGGUCUCAACAGAGGCGACGAUCGGUUCUUGGGAAACUUUGCCACGUCGUUGACGACGCUCAGACUGCACCGCCAUCCGGAAGUCAUUCUGGCACUCGCACCGAAUACGGUCUGGCCUGCUGUGGCGAACCUAGACCUGGAGAACCGCGAGCCGUUCUUCAUGGACAAUUGGGCCCACUUCGCUCGCGCCUUUCCCAAUGUGCGCCGCCUCAAGGUGUUUGAUCCCAGCUACGGCUGCGGCCCUUCUCCAUCCGUCCCCGAGGCUGCGGAGCAUUGGCGCAAUCUCGACUUCGUCUCCAUCUCUUCACCUCUCCCCGUCCGCCGACCCAUCCGCCAUCUCCACUACUCCGCACUGCCAAGCACAACUACGCAUUCCUUGCCUGACCAUCAGUACGCUGACGAUACCCAAGAGUUCUUACGACAGUCUUCGCCCGUAGUCCUCAGCUGCCAUGCCCAGGUAAAACUGGUUGAGUGGGUAGCCGCCGCCUCUGUGCCCUCACUCCGAGUUUUGCAACUGCAGUGCGUGCCCGCUGCGCGCGUGUCGUGCCCCGACCAUAUGCGGACAUGUUCUGCCCCUGCGUUACACCACUUCAACUCCGUGCCAUCUCAUUCGAUCUGGCGUUCACCAUACCGGUCGACGACGCGUCGUUGCUGCGGCAUGCUGCCGCCGCCGCACGGUACGUCCCGACCCUUCACUACAUCGGCAUACAGCCGCUCGUCCAGGCCCUGCGUAACAUCGACAAACAGCAGCAUGGGAGACAACCGCAGUGGGACGUCUUCCGAUACAAAUGGGCCCGCGUCGUGUCGCGUCCGGAGCAGGGCAGGCCCGUCGUUGAGAUGGUGCCGGAAUACGCCGUGGACGCCCUCGAGCGUACGCUCUUGGCUACUCCGCGGGACUGAAUGCCACCCCUCGUCACUCGCGAUGGGACACGGUUCACGCCCUCGAGCUUCAAGAAUCGACAUUUAAGAGAUACCCGCUCUCCAUACCCGACCAGAGAAGCAAACCCUACCAUCUUACCAUUAGUACACUUCGAGGAU